UAUCAAAACAGAACAUCAUCGGUGCUGGAGUAAAAAAGUGUACCCAUAAAAGUGUUCGUCUAAAAGUUUAAUUAUUCGUUAGUUCCUUGUAAAAAUAUCUGUUUCUGUGCAAAAUGGGACUGUGCUCGUCCUGUUUCAAAGGAUCAAGUGAAGAGCUUAUCACCCCAGAUGCGACGGUAAGACGACAGCAGCAACUGGAGGCCGCCGAACGACGACGUGUCGAAAACGAAACCAGAGGCAUCAAGGAUCCCGAAAAAGUGCGCCGAAUGCAGCAAAAAGCCGAAGAAACUGCCAGACGGGAAGAGGAAGCCGCCAGGAUGGGCGGAGGACAGUCGGCAUUGAGGUGGACGCAAGACUAACGGGUUCUUAAGCGAUUGAGAUCAACUAUAUUUGUAUUUUCGCGUGGUUUGCUUCAACACAACUGGAGAGCGAUAACAUUGCAUAUAUUUGUAUUUAUGUCUAUCUAUGCAUAGUUGAAUAAUCAUUCUGAAAAAUGUGGAUAUCUUUGCAA